ACAAGUGAAAACCACCCAGCUUUUAAAAAUCAUGUACCCAUAAUCUAAGUCUUGAGGAUAGUCCCUACUGAGAAACAUCUACUUUUUCAUACAAGCAUCCUGUUUUAAAAAAUAUAACCCUAAAUUAAAGGGGUAAAAAAAUGCCACUGCUUUCAUAAAACAAAUAAUGGAUGCCUUGUUUUCAUAAUAAACAUUUAAGAGAGCUUGUUCCUAAUGGAAACUAUUGUUACUGAUUAAAAAUCUUCUUGGGGAGGAAAAAAGUACCUUCAUAUACAAUCUCCAUUGGGGAUGCAAAUUGGACAGAAACAUACACCAAAGGAUUUGCAUUUAAUCAAAUCCAAAGCAAGUCAUUUCAGAAGCAUCUCCACUGAAUACAGAAGGCUUUUCCACUAGGAUCAGGCUGAGCUCUCCAGGAGAUCAGGAUCCCUUACCAAGGAGUGGACACCAUUUGCAGAGGCCCUGUACUGCUGCUUCUAAGAAGGAAAUUCACCAGAACCAUCCAGAAUGGAGAGUGUCCCAGGAGAUUACAGCAAACGAGUAUACCAAGGCGUGAGAGUGAAGCACACGGUCAAAGAUCUCCUGGCAGAAAAACGAUCCAGACAGAGUGACUCCAGACUUAACGGCAGCGUCAGCUCCUCCCAGUCUCCCUUCGUCCAAAUGCCAGGUUCGCCGGUCAUGUCAGGUUACUAUGGCGUCAGAAGAUCUUUUUUGUCUGACUCAGACUUCCACAACAGUAAGCCGUUUUCCAAUGACGUCUACACCUCCGGCGGCGUGGCCAAGCCCUUUCCCUGCGAGUCGUCGGCGGGGCAGAGCCACGCGGCGCUGCUCGAGUCCUACCUGGCCGAGCCCUACGGGGACUACCGCCCGCCUGCCCUGACCCCCAGCCCGGGCUCUCUGUUCAGCGCCUCCCCGCUGCCGCCGCUCCUGCCGCCGCCCUUUCCCAGCGACCCGGCUCACUUCGUGUUUAGGGACUCGUGGGAGCAGGCAGUGCCUGAUGGUCUCAGCCAGACGGACCCCAUGCCCACCGAUGCUCUACAGACCUUGCCACCCAGCACCAGCUGCCUCUCCCAGCUCGAGUCAGGAAGUGCCACACAGCACAGGAGCUCCACCUGGGGGACCUCCCUUGCUGGCACUCAGUCCUAUUCUCUGCACACGCUGGAGGAUCUGCACAACACAUCUGGGUACCCCACCCCACCUCCUUACCCUUUUACCCCUUUCAUGACAAUGUCAAAUGACCUACCACCAAAGGUGGUACCUCUCUCCCCAGAUGAGGGGACAGACCCCUCUUCCCUUCAUGACCAUUCAACUUGGACCAAAGAAGACGGGAGUGUGGCCUGGGGGUCAUAUGAAUGCCGCAGAGCUUACUGAGGGUGUGGACCAAAGGACUUCUGUGCUUUUCGCCAAGUUGAGUUCUGUAUUCCAGGGAUUGCUUUAGAUGUACUGGCUCAUUCGGAACUAGAUUUUCAGGAUAAGCCAUAAUGCCAUCCUUUGUUAAUGGACGAUGGCAUUUAUUUGUAAUCUUUACCACCAUAACCCAGUUGAAAUACAAUACAGUGUCAAUUAAAUAUACCAUGGACCAUAUUCUAGUGAGGCAACUUUACAGUGAGGUCAUUUUGGAAAUUUAGUAGCCAAUUCCAUUCUGAAUCUUCUGUUAUCUUUGAAAUAUCAUUUUGGGGCACUGAUUUUUUUUCCUUAAAUUAUGUAGAUCAUAAAACAGAAUGGUUCUUCUGUGUAAUUUUUCUUAGUUAUAAACCAUGUGUAUUAUUUAAUAAAAGAGAUAGCUAGGGUAUAAUAUAGGUUGGGGCACAUAAAAUAAAAUUCAUUUUAUACCAUAUGACAUUAAAGAGUGAAGUGUCAUAUUCUUUUCCUUCAUUACAAGGGCAUGUAAAGGCACUGUAAAAAGAUAUGGCACUGAGUGUAAAUGUGUUACUGUCAAUAAAAGAGGAUGAGGUCCAGAGAUUA